AUGCAACUCCACAAACAUCAAUCAUCAAUCAAUCAAUCUCUUCAGUUUCUAAUGCAACUCCACAAACAAAAAAGGUCUAAUCAACCUAAUGAUAAUGUUGACUUGAAAGAUCUUCCAAAGGAUCCGGCGGAUAGGCCAAAGAUUACAAGUUACAAAUCAAAUAUAAGAGAUGAUGUAAGAAGAGUUGUGAAAAAGAAUAAAAUAUAUUGUUUAUAUUGUUAUAUGUGUGGAGACCUCAUGAAUCAAAAAGGAGGGAGAUAUGCAUUUGUUUCCCAAGUUUUUGAUACUUGGAAUAAAAAAGAUGCAUUUCGGACUCAUGUGGGUGGUUUUGAUAGUUUUCACAACAAAGAAAAAGAAAGGUGUGAAUUUUUAAUGAGAGAAAAACAAGCUAUUAAUGUAGUCUUGAGAAGGCAAAUCGAAGCGGAGGACCAUAAAUAUAAAGCUCGAUUACGUGUUUCUAUAAUUGUUCGAGAGGGAGAAACAAGAUGGGGUUCACAUUUCAACACACUUAUAAGUUUGAUGAAGUUGUUUGCGGAUGUUCUUGUAGUUUUAGAUUUUAUGAAAGAGGAAGGAGGGUCAUUGGCAAACCGUCAACAAGCAUUCGGAAUCUUAACAUAUUUUAAAUCAUAUGAGUUUGUGUUUUACUUAAAUAUGAUUUAUGACAUUUUACGCCUCACAGAAGUUGCUUCGAUGGUUAGAGGGAUAAUGGAGGCAUUGCAAUCUUUUAGAAACACGGGGUUUGCUAGCAUUUUGCCAAAAGUAUCCUCUUUUUAUCAAACACACAAAAUUGAUACGUUAGAUAUGGAAGAGUUGUAUAUUGGUACCAGAAACCGUAAGACUACAAAGACUAAUAGAUUUCAUUUUGAGGUUGAAAUCUUCUACACGGUGGUAGAUAUGCAACUUAUAGAAUAUCAUGAUCGAUUUAGAGAAACAAGCACCCAGUUACUAGAAUACAUGGGUGAUUUGAGCCCUUGUGUGUAA